UGUAAUAGAAAUGAUAUGCAUGAUGAUUGGUUGAAUCGAAAUAGCGGCAACAAAGUGUAGAUUUGAGUCAUAUUCUUGAAAUGAUACAAAUUAUCUUGAUGAUACGUUUUGUCAAGCUCAAGGACGUAAAAGAAUGAUUAUCUUAAUUGCCUGAGAGUAUAUGGAUAGUUGUUGCGACGCACAAUUCAAUUCUAAUAAAGCCACCACAUAGAUAAGUAACAAAAAAAUUGCAUAUAUCUCGAAGAGAAAUUACAUACUUUUUUUCUUAUAGAGAUUUACGUGAAACUGCUUCUGUUUCCUAUGAAACGUAGAGGUUACAUUUUGUUCUAAUGCCAAUAACUUGAAAUACACAACUUAAAUGUUUCGUACGAUUAAUAUUAUUAAAAUAAUCUUUCGUGGCGCGCAUUCGUCCACGGAUGUAUUCGUUGCACCAAAUGCAUCAUCUAGGUCACAAAAACAAGAAACUGUAAAUACAAUGCAAAUAUUAUGUGUAAUAUUAAAGUCUGUUGAACAAGAUUUAUCACCGCAUAUAAACAAACCAUCAGGUUAUUUCUUAUAUCAAGUUAUUCAAAGAAUGUGAAUUCAACGUGUAUUCCAUCCGAGCAGUGAUCGUUUGUCUUCGAGCUAUCGACCCAACUCAUUGAACAGGGUGCAGAAAUUCAAGGAGUUGCUAGAUAAAAGCAAAAACAAUGAUAUGCUUACAGAUUCUUUUGGACGACACCAUACCUAUUUACGCAUUUCUGUUACAGAAAGAUGUAAUCUUCGAUGUUUAUACUGCAUGCCAGCAGAGGGAGUUACACUGACAAAGGGUGAUGGUAUUUUAAAAACAGAGGAAAUAAUUAAAAUAGCUGAUUUAUUUGUGAAAGAAGGUGUACGUAAAAUACGUUUAACAGGCGGUGAGCCAACAGUAAGGAAAGACAUUGUUGAUAUUAUUGCUGGGUUGAAACAAUUGCCUGGUUUGAAGCAAGUUGCGCUCACUACUAAUGGCUUAACUUUAACACGCCAGUUACCGUCUCUCCAGCGAGCGGGUCUAGACGCGAUAAAUAUUUCUCUGGAUACGUUAAAAGAAGACCGUUUCGAGCAAUUUACCCGUAGGAAAGGUUGGCCCAGAGUGAUGGCUGCAAUAGAUUUGGCUGUUCAAUUGGGUUAUAAUCCUGUAAAGGUGAACUGUGUGAUGAUGAAUGGUUUCAACGACGAUGAAUUAGUCGAUUUCGUGAAUCUAACAAAAGAUAGACCGAUUGAUGUCCGGUUCAUCGAAUACAUGCCUUUCCAAGGGAAUAAAUGGAACGAAAAUAGAAUGGUAUCUUUCGAUACUAUGAAAAGAAUAAUUAGGGAUGUAUAUCCUGAUUUACAACGUCUUCCAAAUGAUUAUAACGAUACGUCUAAAGCGUACCAAGUUCCCGGAUUCGUGGGACAGGUCGGAUUUAUCACGUCGAUGAGCAAUCAUUUUUGCGCUUCGUGCAAUCGAUUGAGGAUAACGGCGGAUGGAAAUUUGAAAGUUUGCUUAUUCGAAGGAAAAGGCGAAGUCUCUCUUCGAGAUGCUUUACGUAACGGAGCUUCCGACGAGAGUUUGAAGGAAAUGAUCGGUAUCGCGGUGCGACGUAAGAAGAAGCAGCACGCUGUUAAGAAGAAUCGCAUACACGCGAGCAGUUUUAAAGACAGACAAGAAUACAAUAUUUUCUCCAAACAUUUAACGCAUACGUCUCUGUGUUCGUACAAAUUUCUGUAUCCGUGUACGAAUUCGAAUACGAAUAUAAGGAUGUAUCGUUCGCUGUCGCACGUGGAUAAGCACGGCAGAGCGAGUAUGGUGGACGUCGGUCCGAAAUCCGAGAGUAAACGUGUCGCGACAGCAAGAGGAAUCGUACAGGUCGAUUCGACGAUCAGCAAAUUAAUAGCAGAGAACAAUGUGAAGAAAGGGGACGUGCUGUCCGUGGCACAAUUGGCCGGUAUCAUGGGUGCGAAGCGCACGCCCGACUUAAUACCGCUGUGCCAUCCGCUGUCGUUGUCUUACGCAGAUGUGCGGUUACAUUUGAACGAAGAACUGAAUCGAGUAGAAAUAACGGCCGAAGUUCGAUGCACUGGGAAGACUGGCGUGGAAAUGGAAGCUUUAACGGCCGUGAGUAUCGCGGCAUUGACCAUUUACGACAUGUGUAAGUAUGCAGCUUCUCCGACGUCGAUGAAGAUAACCGAUAUAGAGUUAGUUUCAAAAACUGGUGGUACAAAGGGUGAUUUCAUUAGAGAUGAAAUCAGCUAGACGGUGGUGGUGGUGCUAACAUAUUUCUCAAGCUGUAGAACAUUCAAGGAAUCUUGUGACAUUGAAUAUGUUCGAUACGGUGCUAUUCAACAACGUUAGGCCUUCGUAAGCGCGUAGUAUAAAUUUUUAUAACGUUCACGAUUAAAAAGAGAUCUUCGUUGUAAGUUUAUUGAGCUCGAUCCCAAUGUACGGUGUAAGAUACAGGAUACAAAAUGCAAAUACAAGAGAAAAUAUCUUUACUGGAACACCUGUGAAUUGACAGGUGAUAAAUUUGAAUCCUACAAUGUACUCAAUGUAAGUACAUUACUCGUUUGUUCAUGGAUUCGAUGCUAAUAGAUUUUGCAUUUUGCAUCUUGGUAUUCUGCAUUUUGUAUAGUGUACUUUUCGUCGGUUAUUUUGUACUUUGUAAGUUGUAUUUUCUAUUCUGUAUUUUAUACACUGAUCGACACAAUUAUAAGGUUAAUUUUGUCGGUGAUUCCAUAGCGGAGACUAAACUUUAUUCUUCCAGGGUAAUACAAGUAGGACAUACGGUGCACAAGUUAUAGACAUGUAUACAUUUUGUACUCCUGUUGAA